AAAAUAUUUAAAUUAGAUUCAGUUAAUUAAUUAGGUGGGGCUGCUCACCUUCUUUUUUUGUCAGCAUUAUUUACACCAUCUCACCCUGACAAAAAGAACCCUCUCUAACCUCACAAUAAAUAAAAUAAAUAAAUAAAUAACAAUUAAACCACAAUACAUAUAAAAGGUGGAAUUCAGAUCAAAGCAUCACAAAAAUCUUGUUGUUUAUCAUUUCUUUUCUUUUUUUCUUUAAUUAUUAUUUUUCAAUUUUCACACACACACACAGACACACAUUCCUCAGGCCAGACAAAAGCAAACCUCCUCACCCUUUAAUUUAUUCCUUGCUUUAAUCCCUUUUUCUUUUUUUAUUUUAUUUCUUGAGAGAGAAAAAAAAAAAAAGAAAAAAAUGAAAACAAUCAUGGCUAGAAACCCUCACGACUCAUUCUCAUUCUCCAGAAGAUACUUCCACUGGAAAAACAAAUUCCUCGACGAACAAGACGAUGAUGACGUCAUCAUGCACGAAAUCCUAACCUUCACCACCGGCAUCACCUCUUCCUCCUCCUCCUCCUCCUCCGACGACAAAAAAACCGCCAAAUCAGAAGACCCGGUAACUAAUAAUUUCCCGCCAACAAUGCUGCAGCACUCACUCUCCGUCGGCGGUGGGGGGCAAGCGAAGCCGCCGGCGAGGAAGAAGCUCUCGGUAAUCGCGCUCUCCAGGCAGCUGCGUUCGGCCCUCGCGCUGGGCCGGGCCCGAACACGAGGCCCGUCUCCGCACCUGGGGUCGAAGGUGGUGGGCACGCUCUUCGGGCACAGGCGGGGCCACGUGCGGUUCGCGUUCCAGGAGGAUUUCAAGGCGGCGCCGGCUUUUCUGGUGGAGCUGGCGACUCCGACGAGUGUCCUGGUGAAGGAGAUGGCUUCGGGCCUGGUGAGGAUUGCUCUGGAGUGCGACAAGAUCAAUAAGAUUGAGAAGAAGGGUAGUUUGGUGGUGGCGGCGACCAGGAUCCUCGACGAGCCCGUUUGGCGGACUUACUGCAACGGGAAGAAAUGCGGGUACGCGCUGAGGAGGGAGUGCGGGCCCGAUGAGUGGAAGGUUUUGAACGCCGUCGGCCCGAUUUCAAUGGGGGCCGGGGUGCUUCCAGGGUCGGAGCCUGAUGGGGAGAUGAUGUAUAUGCGGGCUAAGUUCGAACGGGGUCGUCGGGGUCUAAAGAUUCGGAGGCUUUCUACAUGAUGAACCCGGAUGGUAAUUGGAG